AUGUCACCAAAAUCUUUAAAUACAACGUCCUCUUCAUCCAUAUUGGUUUCUCCUAGAGAAGAGGAUACACCUGUCGCUCGCCUAUUAAGAAAUGCAAAUGAAACACCAGAUCAUCGUUUUAUCUAUGUGUACAAUGAAUACACAGUUGUCGCUGAACAGUCGCUAAAUUCUGCAAUGAUAUUGGCUUGGGGAAAACGGUUGGAAUUCAUAUGGGUCACGAGUACUAUCUUUGCUUUGUGGGCUACUGGACGAACUUGUGUCAUUCUUAAUCGUGUCUGGUCCCAAGGGCUUGUAUAUGCUCUUGUUCAACGUUUAGAUAUUUCUGAUUUUCUUUAUCAUGAAUAUGCGCCUGUUUUUCAGGUGGAUUCUUUGAAUGUCCUUUCCUUUGCUUGCCUCCAGACGGACCUUAACGUUCCUUGCAUUCGCGCUGGGUUGGAACCACAAGUAGCACUUAUCAAUCAUUCCAGUGGAUCUACUGGUGUUUCUAAAUCGAUGCCAUUUCUCAUCAAAAAAUAUGCUUUCGGUUAUGACUAUGGAACUCCAGACUUCAUGAAUCAUCUUUUCACGCCCAUGGUAAUGGCUCCCAGCUUUGCUUUAACGACAUGGAGUUGGCUUAAUGCCUUGUACUGUAAUGGAAGCUUACUGUAUCCAUCUUCCUCAAUAUCGUCUAAUCGUACUUUUACUUCAGAGGCUGAACACAACUUGCUUGGAAUGUCUAUUAUGCUCUUCGUGCUGGAUGCGAACCUAGUUGCUGCCGGCGGCGAAAUGGUUCCUGCAAACAUGUAUCAUAUAUGCAAACGAGUCUUGCCAAAUGCAAUCAUUUACCCACAAUAUGGUACCACUGAAUCAGGAUUAGUUUCUUUUUUUGCUCCUAAUGGAGAAGAUACGUUGCAUAACAAAAAACUUGUAUACUUUCCCGGAAAAACAGUUAAAAAACUUUUCUUGUUUACACAAAAGAAUGAACUUGUCCCUGAAAAAAUCGGCCAUGAGGCUUUUGUAAUUCAAGAGAAAAGCGUGAAUUUAUCGACAAUUUCCUACAGGCUUCUACAUGAAGAUGCAUGUGCUUUAGCACGUACCAUUCCCAACUUUACUAUUAUGCAUACCAAUGCCCAAUACGUUUUGCUGACUGGGGCGACAGUUUACCUUGGUCGCCGGUUCUUGGAGUAUCUAUUGGAAAUGGAUAUGAGUGUUGUAUGUUUGAUACGAGAUUCUUCUGAUAAAGCCGCUGAAGAACGAUUAACAUUCAUUGUAUGGGCAGCUCAUUUAGAGGAAACAAGGUUUGGUUUGGAUAAUGCAAAAUGGGAUUUUCUCAUAAAAAAUGUUUUCCGAAUCUAUCACAUGGGAGCUAAAGUACACUGGAUGAAAUCGUAUCAAGAACUUAGGCCAGUGAAUGUCUUGGGAACGAAAACGAUUUUGGAGCUGAGUGUAAUGGGUCCAAAAGCGCUUUACUUUAUUUCAGGAGGUGGACAACAAGAAAUAGAGCUUGACGAUCGCAUUCAGUCUACUAAAACAUCCGGUUAUGCACUAUCUAAAUACGUUUCUGAGCUUUUGUGUAAAAAAGUAAAAGAUUUAGGACACCCUUCAAUAUAUGUUAUUCGUCCAGGAUUUAUCGUAGCAAGCGAUGGAGAGAUCCUAUCUAGAGAUUUCUUUUGGCGUUUCGUCAUAUCAGCAUUACGAAUGGGUGCUUACCCCCAAUACAGUGAAUCUCAACCGCUGCUCUUUCGUAUUUCUACCACCAAUGCAUUGUGUAUAGCGUUGACUCAGAUAAUGGAGAAACAGGCUGAUGAGUAUGCUCCUCUACUUGCAUACGAUAGAAUUGACGGUAACGAGUUUGCCCAAAUUUGUGAAUUCUUGAAGAAAAAGAAUAAAAAGCUACAAUUCGUUUCACUGGAUGGAUGGCUAAAAGUGCUUGAAAAGGAUAUUGAUGAAGAAGGAGAAGAUCAUCCUUUAUUUGCCCUUCAGCAAACAGUCAAGUUUGCUUUAGAAAGUGGUAUGAUACCAUACAAGGGACUGAAGAAUAUCUAUCCUAUGGGUGAAAAAUUUCUAACGAAGGAGGCGAUCGCAAAUGGGUUGGACAAUUUGUACAUUGAAUAG